UUAACAUGACUAAUUAGGGCCACUGGGGCUGGAAGGGUCACAGCAGGAGGUAGAAGGGUGUUGCGGUGAAUGAGAGAAGCCAUCAAGCGGCUUCUGGAAACUCUGAGAAUUCAGCACUGAACAAGUUAACCGCGCCACAGGCCGAAGAGAGGGAAAACAGAAGGAUUCCCACAGUCCACGCCCCCUUUCACGCCUUCCAAUCCCCAGUUCGCCACAGCGAUGACGCAGGCGGGACCUUCCACGUGACCGCAAUGGAAUGCAAACAAUGCGGCGGGCGCCCAAGUCCAUCCCGUUUGGUUGUAUCGGCAGUGACGAGCAGUGAGGCCACCUCGAGAGAACCGGACCCGCGGGGGGAACCGCCUGUUGUGCUUCAGCGAGCCGAUCUCCGGAUCUCUGAUCAGACUGUAAAUUCUCCCCAGCCUGGAAUGUGCCUCUGUGACUGAGGAGUUGACGCCAAGAGGAAAAAGGAGGCGGCGGAGGAGGAGGAGGAAAAGCAGAACUUCCAGCACUAUCCCAAAGAAAAAGGGAGCCAUCCUAUUUCUGUGUUCCCUACAAUCUGGAGGGGAACAAGAAGGCGGCAGCAUGAGGAGCUCGGGAGAUGAGCCAAGGCUGAAAAAGCUGAUCUGUGACAUAAAGGAACCAUGGCUGGGAAUUUAGUAAUUCAGCAGUAAGAAGAGCGACUAUGCUGUAGGCAUCAUGCCUGAUUACUGUGGAUGUAUUAACGUGGGUCAUUUACCAUAGAGCAGCAAUAAAUUGUAUGUAGAGACUAAACUGGAUUAGCCAUGAGGCCAAAGACUUUUCCUGCUACUACAUAUUCUGGCAACAGCAGGCAGAGACUGCAGGAAAUCCGUGAGGGGUUAAAACAACCCUCCAAACAUCCGACCCAGGGAUUGCCUGUUGGACCUGCCAGCGAAACCCUGCUGGAUCCUAAAGUUCUGCAGAGCAAAGAUGGUGCCAGACAGCAGCAGCAACAGCAGCUCCGCCAGCCGGCAAAGUUUGCACCCUAUCAAAAGGCUCUACGAGAAAUCCGGUAUUCUCUGCUGCCCUUCGCCAACGAAUCGGGGAACCCUGUGACCGUGGAAGUGAACCGGCAAAUGCUACAAGAGCUGGUGAAUGUGGGAUGUGAUCAGGAGAUGGCCGUACGUGCUCUGAAGCAGACUGGGAGCAGGGGCAUUGAAGCUGCUUUGGAGUAUAUUAGUAAGAUGGGUUAUCUGGACCCGAGGAAUGAGCAGAUCGUUCGGGUGAUCAAGCAGACGUCACCAGGAAAAGUCACCACUCCUAAUAGUGUAUCUCAUCGGUCGAACUUUGAAGGAUCUUCUCCUUAUCAUCCAAUGAGCAAUGCGACUUAUGAAGGGUCUGGCUUUUCAGCAGAAGGGGCCAAUGUCCUCAGUGAGGUACCACGGCAGUACAUGGACUACUUGCUUUCUUCGCCUCAGCCUGCCACGCUGAAUGGCCCGUCUCAAAGACCUCUUCCUGGAGUAGGUGCUCACAACUCUCCUGUCAGCCAUCAGCAGAAGGGAUAUGUUACAAAUGCAGAGUCUGCUGUAAUGAAUUACGUUAUUGGGAGUCAUAACAGCCCAGGUCUUCCAAUACAAACUUCUCAUGCUUCAAGUAGUCCACACUAUAGCCGGCAGCACAUGAUACUGCAAGGGGAUCCUAUGGCCUAUAGCGUGCAGAGAACACCAUCAUUUCAAAAUAAAAUGCAGCAAGAUGGAGGUUAUGUAAAUAUACCCCAGACCAGUCCAGGACAUGCCUAUACACAGGCAACUUCUGGACUGUACAUGCCACAUACACACCACAAGCAAACAAGUCCUCCCUCUCAUCAGAUGCAUGUGAUAUCCAGAGGUUCACCAUACGCUAAUGAGUUUUCAGACAGUCCACCAAACCUGUUGUCGCCAUCAAGAAACAGUUUGAACAUGGAUCUCUAUGAUAUUGGCAAUGUGUGGCAAAACUCACAACCUUGCCGGGAUUCUAUGCAGGGCCCAGGUUUAGACCCUUCUCCAAGGCAGCAUGUGUCCUUCAGACCGGAAUCUCAAGUGCCAAGUCGUACUAAUUCUUUUAAUAAUCAACAACAACAAAAACAAGUGGUGAUGCGACAGACCCCGCCUAACAAACCCGAUGCUUCCAUGCCUUCACCCAAUACUGUCACCGCUGUUACAUCCACCCAUAUACUGCAGCCGGUAAAGAGCAUGAGGGUGACUAGACCUGAGCCACAAACUGCUGUAGGCCCCUCACAUCCGGGCUGGUUAGCUGCACAGGCACAGAAGUUAGAAACGCCGAAGGUAGAGAUGGUCGAGCCACACACUUCAUCAAUUGGAUCAGCUAACGCUUAUGGUAUUGAUGUGGAUUAUGGCAAUCAAGAUAUGAGAUUUCCACCACCCCCUUAUCCAACACAUCUCUGGUUUCAAAACAACUCAGAACAGCUUGAACUGAAUGCAUUAUGCAAGGGAGUGGACCAGAACCUUCGUGUUACUGAGAAAGUACCAUGCGCUCCAGUUGAUGAAGCCAAUGGGGAGCCAAAACGUAGCAAAGUGAGCAAGACCCCUAAAGCUGCAAAAUCAGGAAAGGAUAAAAAACAGAUUCAAACAUCACCUGUUCCCGUGCGUAAAAACAGCAGAGAUGAAGAAAAGAGAGAGUCCAGAAUAAAAAGCUAUUCACCUUUUGCCUAUAAGUUCUACAUGGAACAACAUGUGGAGAAUGUUCUAAAGACCUACCAGCAGAAAAUCAACAGGAGACUACAACUGGAACAAGAAAUGGCUGAAGCUGGCCUCUGUGAAGCCGUUCAAGAGCAAAUGAGGAAAAUCCUUUAUCAAAAGGAAUCCAAUUAUAACAGACUGAAAAGGGCCAAAAUGGACCAGUCUUUAUUUGUAAAGAUUAAGACACUGGGGAUAGGAGCUUUCGGGGAAGUGUGUCUGGCAAGCAAAGUGGACACCAAAGCGCUAUAUGCUAUGAAAACCCUACGGAAAAAGGAUGUGCUGAACCGGAACCAAGUAGCCCAUGUAAAGGCAGAGCGGGACAUUCUGGCCGAGGCUGAUAAUGAGUGGGUUGUGAAACUUUACUACUCUUUCCAAGACAAAGAUAACUUGUAUUUUGUGAUGGACUACAUUCCAGGGGGGGACAUGAUGAGCCUUCUCAUACGCAUGGAGGUGUUUCCAGAGCACCUCGCCAAGUUCUACAUUGCGGAGCUAACCCUGGCCAUUGAGAGCGUCCACAAAAUGGGAUUUAUCCAUAGGGAUAUCAAACCUGACAACAUCCUUAUAGACCUAGAUGGGCAUAUUAAGCUGACUGACUUUGGACUGUGCACUGGGUUCAGGUGGACUCAUAAUUCAAAAUAUUACCAGAAAGGGAACCACGCCCGACAAGACAGUAUGGAGCCUAGUGAGCUGUGGGAUGAUGUAUCCAACUGCAGAUGUGGAGACCGGCUAAAGACUUUGGAACAGCGAGCUAAAAGGCAGCAUCAGAGAUGUCUGGCUCAUUCUUUAGUGGGCACGCCUAAUUAUAUAGCCCCAGAGGUUCUGUUGAGCAAAGGUUACACUCAGCUCUGUGAUUGGUGGAGUGUAGGUGUUAUCCUGUUUGAGAUGCUCGUUGGGCAGCCACCCUUCCUUGCAUCAAAUCCAACUGAAACCCAGCUAAAAGUAAUACAUUGGGAGAAUACCCUUCACAUUCCUUCCCAAAUAAAGCUGAGCCCCGAGGCAACCAAUCUGAUCACAGAGUUGUGCUGUGGGGCUGAAAACAGACUUGGGAGAAAUGGGGCGGAUGAAAUUAAGGCCCAUUCCUUCUUCAGCUCAAUUGACUUUUCCUCUGACAUUCGUCAUCAACCAGCACCUUAUGUUCCGAAAAUCAGCCACCCAAUGGAUACCUCUAAUUUUGAUCCGGUGGAGGAGGAAAGUCCAUGCACUGACAGUGGAGACAGCACCAUGACGUGGGACACUUUUUUAAAUCCAGGAAACAAACACACCGAGCAUGCCUUUUAUGAGUUCACUUUCCGACGGUUCUUCGACGAUAAUGGCCACCCGUUCCGUUAUCCCAAGCCUUCCAAAUUAGAGACUUCUUCAUGUGAGGAAGCUGAGGAGGAAGAUAAAAAUUCCGUCAGAGAGGGCUGCCAGCCUGUGUAUGUGUGAAUUCCCAGAAUGGAUAUUACUCUCAAGUUGUUGAAGGCGCUUGGCUCUUCCAGUGGAAUUUUAUAUUUUAGCCACGAUCGUUACCGAUGCCUUAAAUUCAUGCCUUGCCUGUGUGUUUUCUGGGGCUCAUUUGAAGAUGACCUUUAUAACAAGGCUUUGAAGGCCUUUCAUAGAUGGGGUUAAAAUAUGUUGCGGUUUUAGUGGUGCAAUAUCACGAUUACUUCAGAAGUAUUAAAGAAUAAAGUGUUCCAGUGGGGUAUUGUUGCUGGUGUGUGUAUACAGAUAGACACCACCCUUAUCAAAGAAAUGUAACCUCAUUGUCAAAUAUGCACAAAGAUAGGACUUCUGAAUUCCUCACUGAUCAACCAAAGUAAAGCAGUCUGCUUUUGGGUGAUGAAGAUGGACUCACUGGGUGGAGUGGAAUUCUGGGAAUUUUUAGCUGGUUGCACAGAAGCACUGAAAUACUGUUUAACAGAUAGGUGCAGGAGCAUGGGAAUACUGUCCUCUUCCAGUGCUGUAUCUUCUGCACGUCGCUUCUUCAGGUUUCGAAAGGAGGUUCCUCAGCCUCAAUGGACUUCACUCCUUCCACCAUAAAGAUCAUCCUGUAUUUGGAAUCCAUCAUCUCCAGCCAGAUCCUUAUUAUCUGUCCUGGGAGUUUAAUAUCAAUAGAGAUUUUCUACAUUACCUACAGGCUAUGGAGUGGAGCAGAAUGAAAAGCUUUCGACAUGAAUUGGACCGGUGCUUUUCCUGGCGGCCGGUGAAUUAAGACUUUGUUCCAUGUCGGUGUUGGGAUAACUGUUGCCCUAAUAGUGUUUUUUUUUCUCAGCAAUAAUCUAAUAAUAAUAGAAAGCACUUAUGUUUUCUAAUAAUCCUUUUUCUACCAUCUAUAUGGAAACGUAACAUGUAACAUCCUUGUCAACUGAAUGUUCGAUAUAAACAGCAGCACUUAAUGAUACAGCAGAAGAUGAAAAUACGAGGCCUUUGGGGCUUUUUGGUUUAAGCAUUAUUAUAUAAAACAGGACGUCACGAAG